UUAAGCCUCCAUUGAUGGCGGUUCAGAUCUCCUAUUAGUUCAAGGAUACGGGUCGUACAUGAGCUUCUCUUUAUGAGUGUAUAACGAUUAGGCGAAGUGAUUUUCUCGGAAUAGAAUCCUGUUUGGAAAACAGUUAGAAGUUAGAACUGAUUAGAUCACUUUGUUCUCCUUGGAAGCCUCCUUUGUUUUCCUUGGGAUUCUUUUCUUCCUUACACCCAAACCCAAUCUCUUCUGCUGAAGACCCUUAAGGGUUUGUGCUUAAUCUUUAAUUUUUGUUCCGGGUUUGUGUACAUCCUGUUUUUACGAGAGGGUUUGGUUCAAUUUCAUCGAAUUUGGGUUCAUUUAAUUAUUACUCGAUUUUUGGGGAGAGCCAAGUAAAUUGAUUUGGUUGAUCUUGAUUCUUCUCUUUGGGGGAGAAUCUGCGGGAAAAUGAGGGAAAAGUUAGGGCUUUUAGUGUGCGUAUGGUUUGUGUUAUGGGGGUCGUGCGUGGGGAGGUUUGUGGUGGAGAAGAACAGCUUGAGAGUGACUUCUCCGGAGUCAUUGAAGGACGUGUAUGAAUGUGCAAUUGGGAAUUUUGGAGUUCCUCAGUAUGGAGGAACCAUGGUUGGGACUGUGGUUUAUCCCAAAGCCAAUCAAAAGGCUUGCAAGGGCUUCGAGGAUGUCGAGAUUUCCUUCAAAUCGAAGCCUGGAGGGUUACCCACCUUUCUUCUUGCCGAUCGUGGAGAUUGUUUCUUCACCUUGAAGGCAUGGAAUGCUCAGAAUGCAGGAGCAGCUGCUAUUUUAGUCGCAGAUGACAAGAUUGAACCUUUGAUCACCAUGGACACACCUGAAGAGGAGAAUGCACAUGCUGAUUAUCUUCAGAACAUAACAAUUCCCUCAGCACUUAUUAGCAAAUCUUUUGGGGACAGUAUCAAGAAUGCUCUAUCUAAGGGGGACAUGGUUAACAUAAAUCUUGAUUGGAGGGAGUCUCUUCCACAUCCGGACGAGCGGGUUGAGUAUGAAUUCUGGACAAAUAGCAAUGAUGAGUGUGGGCCGAAGUGUGAGAGCCAGAUUGAGUUUGUUAAGAACUUUAAAGGAGCUGCUCAGAUAUUUGAGCGGAAAGGGUAUACUCAGUUCACCCCACAUUAUAUAACUUGGUAUUGCCCAGACGCUUUUAUUUUGAGCAAGCAGUGCAAGUCUCAGUGCAUCAACCAUGGGAGAUACUGUGCCCCGGAUCCUGAGCAGGACUUCAGUAGAGGGUAUGAUGGGAAGGAUGUUGUGGUUCAAAAUUUGCGCCAAGCUUGCUUUUUUAAAGUGGCCAACGAAAGUGGAAAGCCUUGGCUUUGGUGGGACUACGUUACUGAUUUUGCAAUUCGUUGUCCAAUGAAAGAUAAGAAGUAUUCUAAAGAGUGUGCAGAUCAAGUUAUCCUGUCUCUUGGUGUUGAUGUCAAGAAGAUGGACCAAUGUAUUGGAGACCCUGAGGCAGAUGUGGAUAAUCCAGUUCUUAAAGCUGAACAGGAUGCACAGAUUGGCAAAGGCUCCCGUGGGGAUGUGACUAUAUUGCCCACACUUGUAAUAAACAAUAGACAGUACAGAGGUAAGCUGGACAAAGGAGCAGUUCUCAAGGCCAUUUGUGCCGGUUUCCAAGAGACCACUGAACCAACCAUUUGUCUUAGUGACGAGGUAGAGACAAAUGAGUGUUUGGAAAAUAAUGGUGGAUGCUGGCAGGAUAAGGCUGCUAAUAUUACUGCAUGCAAGGACACAUUUCGGGGCAGAGUGUGUGAAUGUCCUAUUGUGCAAGGUGUCAAGUUUACUGGUGAUGGUUAUACUAAUUGUGAAGCUUCAGGAGCUUUACGCUGUGAAAUCAACAAUGGAGGCUGUUGGAAGGAAACCAAAGGUGGCAGCACAUACUCUGCUUGUGUUGAUGACAAUUCAAAAGGUUGCCAAUGCCCACAGGGAUUCAAGGGAGAUGGAGUCAAAACUUGUGAAGAUGUGAACGAAUGCAAGGACAAGGUUGCCUGCAAUUGUCCAGAGUGCAAAUGCAAGAAUACCUGGGGAAGUUAUGAGUGCAGCUGCAGUGGCAAUUUAUUGUACAUGCGAGAACAUGACGCCUGUAUAAGUAAACAUGUUAAAACAGAGGUUAGCUGGAGCUUUAUUUGGGUCAUCAUUCUUGGAUUGGCAGCAGCUGGAGUUGGAGGAUAUGCCCUGUACAAGUACAGAAUCCGGAGAUACAUGGAUUCUGAGAUUAGGGCAAUCAUGGCACAGUACAUGCCUUUGGAUAAUCAAGGAGAGAUUCCAAAUCAUGUUCCCCAUGGGGACAUUUAGACAAUUGGAGUGGCGGAUGGAGGUAGAUGAAAAAGAGGAGAAGAGGAGAGACAUGCCCAUGUCCGAAGAUCCUCUCCCCACAUAUUUUUCAUCAUCUGUGGAGAUGUUAAAACAGAAGCUGGUGGCUUUUGUCAUGUAGGAAUUACACUUGCAUUUUGUGGGGGAAGUCUAUGACUUCUUGCAUCCACAUAUUACUUUUUUCACUGUUGUUUCAUGUGAGACAUUUGUUUAUCCUACACCUUAAUGUAUAUUUGAAUCUUAAUUAGCUAGCAUACUUCCAUAAAGCUACAAAAUUUUUCCCA